UUGUCUUGGAUCUGGCCCAGGCCCAGUCCACGCUGGUGCUGCCCACGGGACUCAUUGCCGCGGCCGGCACCAUGACAGUGACCCUGCGCAGCAGCCGGGAGCUGCCCUCACGGCCCGAUGGGGUACUGCACGUGGCGCUGCCCACGGUGCUCACCCCCCUGGCCCCACCAGGCCCACCAGGGCCCCCCAGGCCUCCGGGGCUCUGUGACGACAGGUUGGGCCUAUGCCCCACCAGCUGCUUCGGGGUCGGCAGCCCUCAGGAGGAAGGACUGGCCUGGGAAGAGCCGGCUGCCCCUCGGGACGUGUUCUCAGGCCCUGCCCGCUGCCCUGCCCCCUACACCUUCUCCUUCGAGAUGCUGGUGACCGGGCCAUGCCUGCUGGCAGGCCUGGAGAGCCCUUCUCAUGCCCUGCGGGCAGAUGCCCCCCCUCAUGCCAGCUCUGCAGCCACCAUCUGCGUCACACUGGCAGAAGGCCACCACUGUGACCGGGCCUUGGAGAUCCUGCUGCACCCCAGUGAACCUCAUCAGCCACACCUGAUGCUGGAAGCUGGCAGCCUGAGCUCAGCGGAAUAUGAGGCCCACGUGAGGGCACGCCGGGAUUUCCAGAGGCUGCAGCGCAGGGGCAGUGAUGGGGACCGGCAGGUGUGGUUCCUGCAGCGGCGCUUCCACAAGGACAUCCUGCUGAACCCCGUGCUGGUGCUGAGCUUCUGCCCGGACCUGAGCGCCAAGCCGGGACAACUGGGCACAGCCACUCGGGAGCUGCUCUUCCUGUUGGAUGGCAGCUGCUGCGCCACGCACAAGGAUGCCCUCAUUCUGGCUGUGAAGUCACUCCCGCCCCAGACACUCGUCAACCUGGCCCUGUUUGGGGCAUCAGUGCAGCCCCUCUUCCCAGAGAGCCGGCCCUGCAGUGACGACACGGUGCAGCUCAUCUGCGAGAGCCUUGAGAGCCCGCAGGCUCCGAGCGGCCCCCCGGACGUGCUGGCUGUGCUGGGCUGGGCCGUGGGGCAGCCCCAGCACAGGGCCCACCCUCGGCAGCUGUUCCUGCUCACUGCGGUCUCGCCCACAGCUGCCACUACCCACCAAGCUCUGGAACUCAUGAGGUGGCACAGAGGGGCAGCCAGGUGCGCCUCCUUGGGGCUGGGGCCCGCCUGCCAGCAGCUGCUCCAGGGCCUGUCUGCCCUCAGCAGGGGCCAGGCCUACUUCCCGAGGCCGGGGGAGAGGCUGCAGCCUGCGGUGAGCUCCGCCGGGUCCUGGCCCUGCUCUGAGCAUCUUUCUUGCGAGUAUACCAUCCGAACAGCCCCGCUCUCCUGGCAGGACUGCCCGUCCAGCCCCUUCUCUCUGAGAUAUCACUUUGUGGUGUGUGGGUGCUGCGGAGGGCAGACGUGUGGGCGUGAGGCCUCUGAGCACCCCUACAUCUUGCAGUUGGGCUUGGAACUGAGCCUCAUCCUCACCAAGUCCAGGGCCAGACCAAAUCCCGCUGGGGAAGAGGCCGUGCACAAUGAGGCAAUUCCCCCAUGCUAUCCUCUUCAGGGCCAAGAGCCUGGCUGGCAGAGCUUGGCUGGCUCCAUGUUCCCAUCCCCAGAGGAGGCACCAUCUGUCACCAGCCCUGGCACUGAGCCCAGUGGCCCCUCGGAGCCACCAGGAGCAGGCAGUGUGUCGGCAGAGCUGUCCAGCCCAUGGGCUGCUGGGGACUCAGAGCGGACAGGUACUGACGCGCUGACAGACCCAGUCACGGACCCUGGGCCCAACCCCUCCUCUGACACCGCCAUCUGGCGCCGCAUCUUCCAGUCGUCCUACAUCCGCGAGCAGUACGUGCUCACCCACUGCUCUGCCAGCCCCGAGCCGGGCCCGGGCUCCACCGGCAGCAGCGAGUCCCCAGGCUCCCGGGGCCCUGGCUCCCCAGAGGGCAGUAUCCCCCUGGAUCCCCCGUCUCAGCAGGGCUGCCGCAGCCUGGCCUGGGGAGAACAUGCAGGCUCCCGCUCCUGUCCUCUGCCUGGGUCCCAGCCAGCUCCACUCCAGGUGGGGGCCCUGAGUGCGGAGGCGCUCGGCCGUCGGCGCAGAGUGGCUCUGGCUGGCCGAAGCCUCUCAUCGCCCCCAGGUCGGGCAAACCCUGUCCCUGGCCGACCUCGGCACCCCUCUCUGAGUGCAGCACCAGAGGGGCCCAGCCCUGAGCAAGGUGCACAGCUGGGACAGGGCCUGGAUGACUCAGGAAACCUGCUCUCCCCAGCCCCCAUGGACUGGGACAUGCUGAUGGAACCACCCUUCUUAUUCACGGCUGUGCCCCCCAGUGGGGAGUCGGCCUCUCCCUCGGUGCCGCUGCCUCCCCAGGCCCCACGCUGCCAUGUGGUGAUCCGGGCCCUGCGCGGGGAGCAGCCCAUGUGCUGGGAAGUAGGCAUCGGUCUGGAGACGCUGUGGGGGCCUGGGGGUGGCUCCCAGGCUCUGCUGCCCCCUGUACAAGAAGCCGCCUGGGACCAAGCACUGCACCGGCUAACAGCAGCCUCUGUGGUCCGGGACAACGAGCAGCUUGCUCUCCGAGGAGGGGCCGAGACCACAGCAGACCGCAGCCACGCCCGCAGAUCCCGGAUUCGAGCAGUUCAGACGAGCAAGGUCAGCUUGGCACCCUCCUGCUUCACCUGCCCGGUGGCUGUGGAUGCGGCCACGAGGGCGGUCCUGCCGGGGGCCCUGCAGGUGUGGAGCGCAGAGCCAGCCCAGCCCCAGGGUGCCUCGCCGGCCUCUCAGGACCGCCUGGAUGCUCCUCUGCCCACCGCCGUCCACGCUGCAGGGGCCUGGGACCCGGACCAGAGCAGCAGCUCCAAGACCGCUCUCGCUCUCGGGGAGCCUGCAGCCCCCACCGGAGGUCCUCGCCGUCCGCCGCCGCGGCCUUCUAGGCUUAGCUUGGGGCGCCGCGGUAGACCCUGCAGCCCCGACCAGGGCCAGGCCAGCGACCGCCACCGCCCAGGCAGCGACCACGACUACCUGCCCUUGGUGCGGCUGCAGGAGGCGCCAGGCUCCUUCCGCCUGGACGCGCCCUUCUGCGCGGCGGUGCGCAUCCCGCAGGAGCGCCUGUGCCGCGCCUCGCCCUUCGCCGCGCACCGCGCCAGCCUCAGCCCCACCUCGGCCUCGUCGCCCUGGGCACUUCUAGGCCCUGGCGUGGGCCAGGGCGACAGCGCCACGGCCUCCUGCAGCCCGUCGCCCAGCUCUGGCUCGGAAGGCCCAGGCCAGGUGGACAGCGGGCGGGGAUCAGACACCGAGACCUCGGAAGGGGCGGAAGGGCUGGGCGGGGCCGACCUGCGGGGCCGGACCUGGGCCACGGCUGUGGCCCUCGCGUGGCUGGAGCAUCGCUGCGCCGCUGCCUUCGGGGAGUGGGAACUCACUGCGGCCAAGGCCGACUGCUGGCUCCGGGCCCAGCACCUGCCUGACGGCCUCGACCUGGCUGCCCUCAAGGCCGCGGCCAGGGGCCUCUUCCUGCUGCUGCGCCACUGGGACCAGAACCUGCAGCUGCAGCUGCUGUGCUACAGCCCGGCCAAUGUGUGAGGGCCGCGGUGCCCCCACACUCUCACUCACUCACGUCACUGCCGUCCAGAGCCGGCCUCUCGGUGCUGGGGAGGAGUGGGCUGGUGUCAGCCUCGCACCACUGCUUUGUAGGCCCUCCCCAGAACCCUCGUGCCCACACAAAAAGUGCCUGCCUGCGCUCUCUCCCACGACCCUCCUCCCGGCCGAGCUCUGCACAGCAGCUCAAGGGGAGAGAGCACGGUCCCUAACCCUAUGCAAUAAAGUGCCUCCUGGAA